AUGCUGCAACGCGGCACGCCGGGCCGGUCCAAGCCGUCAGAGUUUCUCAGCACGCCAGCGAGGCAGGCCAGGCGACUCUCACACGGCAGCGCUUGUGGCAGCCCGCUGGUGUGGCAGGUGCAGAGCCCGGCCAUGAUGGAAGAUCAGGUGUUCAGCCACUUCGCCUCACCAGAAGCCGCACCAUGCAAAGGCCGCGGCACUAUGCCUGACCCAAAAAGCAACAGCAAUGGAGAAACCGCGCAUACGUCGGAGGCAUCCGACCGGGCUACGACCAUCCAGGAUAGCCCUUUGCACGAGUCUGAGGGCCCCACUAAGGAGGAGAGCGAGGCAAAGUCCGAGACCGACAAUAAUGAGAAUAAUGAAACGCGUCGGAGCUCACGGAGAACAUCCUACAACUUCACCGCCCUCGCAGGUGAGUUCGGGGCAGCCCUGGCGCAGACAGCAGUGAACGUGGGCAGGGAAGCUGGCGAGCUGCUUGGUCUGAGGUAUAAGGUUGCUCUAGGCGAGCUGGGUGGGGCCCUGGCCACCUCUGCAGCAUACACUGCUGCAAACAUGAGAACACUGGCAAGCGGUGUCAGUGAGUACACGGAAGGCAUGUUCGGACCGUCCGAGUCUGUAUCAGGGAGGUAUUCUAAGAAUGCUCGCACAGACGAAGCGAGUUUCAAUCAGUUCUUGGACCAAGUGAUCAAGGCACAUCUUCAGUCUGGAGCUGAUGGUGAAGAGCCUCUCCACAGAAGAGGGAUGAGGCGCAACUUGACUGGGAUUCUGGAAGGCGCUGUGUCUGGUGGAUUCUUCCAGAAGUGUCCGAAGAUGCAGGCCAUGUGUUACAAGGUCUGCGCCCGAAUUGAGAACUCCAUGCUCUUCGGACUUCUUUGCUGGACAUUCCUUCUGCUCCAUUGCAUAGCACUUGUUCAGGUGGCCAACAAGCAAGGCAGCCCCGAAGUCUGGUAUGCGAUUUCGCAAAGUUACAUGGUUUUCUUUAUCUUCGAGCUUCUUGUCCGUAUUGCUGCUACACCAUACAGAUUCUUCUGGCAAUCCGGAUUUGUUGUGUUGGACAUUGUCCUGGUAAUGACGGCAGUUGUCGAAGCAAUACUGCCAUUGAUGUCUGAUCAGCUGGGGCAAGGGCAAUUCACCCUCCUCACCCUUCACGUUCUUCGCUUUCUGAGAGGAGUGCAGGCGCACAUGCCAGAGGCAGCGAGUUCUGUCACAGCUUGCUUCGGAGGCUUGCUCCCCAUUGUCUACUUUCUGCUUCUUUGCUUUAUUUGGAGCUUUCUGGCCGUAGUUUGGUACCUUGUCUUCAGCAACAAUGUUGUCGAGCCGAAGCAGUUCGCCGACUUCGGAUCAUCGUCACUGAACCAGUUCUAUCUUGCCUGUAAUGCUCUGGACUGGGGCCGCAUCACGCAUCCUCUACACCAGGCUCAUCAGCAAAUGGCUUCAAUUCUUGCAGUGAUCUUUUGCGUGGUGCUUUUGGCUGUAAGCUUCUUAACGGCCAACGGAACUAUCAUCGUCUUCCAUGAGCUGGCAGAGAAAGGGAUUACCGAUUAUCGCAACUAUGAAGAGUCGAAGCAGAUGCGGCGAAGGCUUCUGGGUUUGUCCCGGCUUGAGCAAUCCCUGCAAGAUGCUGCCCGAAGCUUGGGCGCUGGGGGAGACUGGGCUGAGUGGUUGAUGCAAAGUCGUCAAAAUCUGGAGACAGCUCUCCCAAUCCUCCAGCCAAACUUGGCGAUGCUGAAGAUCACAGCAAACGAAGUUCUGCAGCUCUACGACCAUCUCUUUGAGGUCAGGCGUGAUUUCUUCUUCUUUGAACUUUCCUUGGGUGUGCAGCUUUCAGAAGCUUCGAUGAGCAGCAUGGAGCGCCAGCUGGAGCAGGGAGGAAAUCACCUGGAUGACAUUGCCAGCAGUGUGUCAAAGCUGCAGCUGCAGCUCACGCAGCUGCGGUCUCAGGAGCUUCAGCAAAUGGUCGUGGAAGUGGAGCAGCAGUACCAGGAUUGCAUGGACAGUGUGAAUCAGGCGGCUUCCAUUCGACGGCUACACCUGCAGCUCACGCACGAGAAUUCGCGGCAAGAGGUCUUUAGCCAGGUGAACGAUGCGCAGAGGUCAGUAGCGAAUCUGCAGCGCUUCAAUCGCUUAAGCGGCGCGUUUGGCUUCCCUCCUCUGGGGAGGGACUCAGACCGUUCCUUCGGUGACAAUCGGCAGUUCGAGCUGGUGGCAAACUUGCUGCAAACGGAGGUCAAAGAGCGCAUCGAAAGCAGGAACGCGCCCUUGGUGCUGAGGCAGCGUGGCAGCCCGUCUGCCAUACUCUUCUCUACUCCUGGAUCGGGAGGCAAGAGGCCAGCAGUUCUGUGGAAAGUGCUCCUGGAUAGCGAUAGGCAUGACACCGUCGAAGGUGAUGUCGACGAGUUCCAAGAUGAUGUGCGGGUUGCCUUGGAAGAGCAGUCAGCAGAGCUCUUGCGCGUCGCGUUGCAGCGGUGCCAUGCGUGUCCGCAGGACCACGCUUUGCAUGAAGCAGUUCGCCAGGGCAACUGCGCUGCCGCACAGCUUCUCCUGCAGAACAUGGCUGAUCCAAAUGAGCGGUGUCGAGCACUGGAGCGCGGCUGUGAGCUCCCUUUGCAGCUUGCGCUCUCCUCCAACCUCGUGCGUGCCAGCGAGCGGCAGCAGGACCGGAAACUGCAGACCCAUUUCAGACCCUAG